CAAUUCGACAUAAACGCGUGAAUGUUUUUUUGUCCCCCCUCCCUCCCUCCACACAUGAAAAAACCUCAAACACUGACUACAUAAAACCCGCUCUAGGAACUGAAAAGGGCCUCUCCGCCUGCCCGGGACAAUCAUCCAAGGGGGGUGAGGGGGACAAACAAAAUACGCAAAAGAAAGCCAAGCACACAAAUGAUAAACCCCCUGUCGAGGCAGCUACCUAGCCCAAAAUGCCUGGCAAGAUUAAUUAAGGUAUCCCGCAAAAACAACCCUAACUGACCCUAAGUCUAAACAUAGUUAGGGAUACCAUCAUCGCUGUAACUAUAGUUGGGGAUAGCGUCAUAGCCGUAAUCUAGAUAUGAAUAUGAAAUGUUUUUUGUUUUUGUUUUUUUUUGUUGGGAAACACAUGCUAUGAUAUCUUCCGUACAUUGCUCGCCACUAUAGGCAGAGUAAUUUUUUUUUUUUUUUGCGAGAGUAGUUUUAUUUUUAGGAAGAGCAGUUUUAUUUUGUAGCAAGAGCAGUUUUAUUUUUAUUUUGUAGCAAGUUUUUUUAAGUCUGUAUCAUAAGUUAGAUUAAACAAGUCUUCGUUACUUUUUUGAGGUUGUGUGUUCUUGCGAGCAAUCUGAGCAGUACGUCAUUCCGCGACACGACACAAAGCACGACACAAAUGCGACUCAGCGGCCAAAGAGGACCAUGAGGUCGCCUAACCCUGAGUUUAUUAUGCCAUCCCUGGAUUACAGGGCAAUAGACGGCUCAUGGGAGGGUCUGUCUAGUGGGGGUUCACGUUCUGAAGGGAGUCGUCAAAGGCGGAAGUCGAGUACCCCAGAGAAACAACCAGACGCAAAGCGACGCAGCUCGCGUCAAGCUGCACAGAAUGGAAGUCCUCAGAACCGUUCGUGUCCACCGGAUGUCCGACGACCACAGCGCCCUGCCGAAGGCGCUGGGUCUGAGUUUCUGGAGAUUAUGGCCGGCCACGCCACUGCUAUGUUAUCAUUUGUACUGGAUGUUCUGGGGAAGAGCCUCCGUAUACUCAAGACGCCCAUCUCAUAUGCGCUUGCUGUUUGGCUGUUGCUCGGGCUCAGCAUCAUGAUGCGGAAUUUCUUCACUAAUUUGAUUUACUCUUCGCUAUCGCCAUUAUGUCGUAUCCCAAACACCUCGCUUCUUAACCUUCCAUUCUGCCCCUCCGGUGGCUAUGAUUCGAAGUCUGGUCCGUCACCAGCGGCGGAGUUUGACCAGCUGAUCUCCGUUCAAGGGAAGUUUGAGGAGGUGCUAGAUGAGAGUGCAGCUGGGGUGUCACUUCCUAUGGAUAUGAAGCGAGGGGAGGCGUCCAUUCGAGAUCUACGGCAGCUGGUGAGGUACAGCCAGUUGCAUUCAAAGAACGAGCUUGUUUUGGAGUUCGACGGAUUCAUAGAAACUGCAAGGAUUGCCUCGUACGAUCUUCAAAAGUUCAACAGCCACAUCGGAAGGGCUGUUGACAAUGUGCUUGCUACAACCCGGUGGACAACGAGAGUGCUUGAGGGUAUACAAAUCCGAGAUGCCUCCCAAGGAGCAAUCAAUAGUUUCGCCAACAGCUUUGCCAAUAAGCUCCUUGCACCCUUUCAGCCCGUCAAGUUCACUGAAUCAGUGCUGCUUGAUCAAUAUAUCAAACACACACAAAUCGUCGAAGAGGAGAUCAUGAAGUUGAUUGACGAGGCCCAGGCCCUACUGAUGGUUCUGAACAAUCUCGAAGACCGACUCGAAGUAAUCCACGGCAUCGUGACCCGUGACGGCCACCACGCCAUCGCCCAGAGGGAAGAGCUUCUCUCCGAGCUCUGGACCAUGGUCGGCGGCAACAGAGGAAAACUCAGCAAAACGAACCGGCAGCUCAAUCUCCUCAAGCAAGUAGGAGUAUACCGGAAGUCGGCCUACGGCCACGUCUCAGCCACCAUUCUCAAACUGCAGCAGAUUGGGUCUGGGCUUGAGGAUCUUCGUGAGCGUGUCGGGUCGCCGGAAUUGCUGCGGGAUAGGAUCGAUAUUCCGCUGUCUGUGCAUAUUGAGCAUAUUCAGCGGGGGGUGGAGAGGUUGGAGGAGGGGAGGCAGAGCGCGAGGAAGUCGGAGAAUGAACAUAUUGCGCAGACUCUGGAGAGGAGUAGGAUAGAGGGCACGUUGAUUGGGAUAGACUAAGGUUUUGUGUGUAUAGGUCUUGGGGCGGGGAACGAAAGGGGGUCAUUAUUAGAUAGGAUACGUAGAUACAACCAUAAAUUGGUUAAACUCUCAAAUCAGAG